AUGCGCUUCCAGACUCUCCUACCACUAGCUGCUCUACUCGCACCGUCGUUUGCCAAUGCAGAGGGCGGCGUCUACAAGGCGACUUUGCACAAGCAGAGUUUCGACAUAACUCCGGAGGAGCUGUCGAUGAAGCAGCGCGCCGCCAGCGUGGGCCAGAAGUACCUGAACGCGCUCAGCAAGGUCGUCAGCGACCCAAGCAUCCAGAACGAGUACAAUCUUUUCGCCAAGAACAACGAUGGCCACGUUUCGGAGCUGGCCAACCUUGCAAACAACAUCUACGCUGCAGACGUGACCAUCGGGACGCCGCCGCAGGACUUCCGGGUCGUCGUUGACACCGGGUCGUCCACUCUGUGGGUGCCGGGCAAAGAGUGCCGGGCGAUGGCCUGCAGGCUCCACAAGAGAUACGACCACGACCGCUCGUCCACGUAUAAGGAGAACGGCACGUUGACGGGCGUGACGUAUGGUUCCGGGUCCAUCAUGGGCUACGUGUCAGAGGACACGUUCCGCAUCAGCGACCUGGAGAUCCCCGGCCAGCAGUUCACCGAGACGACCGACGAGCCCGGAUCUGUUUUCGUCUUUGCGGCGUUCGACGGUAUCCUGGGCUUGGCGUACCCCAGCCUCGGCUACGGGGUCACCCCGCCCUUCCAGCAGUUGAUGGAAAAGAAACUCGUGAAGGAGCCUGUGUUUGGGAUGUACCUGGACGAUAUGAAGACCGGCGAAGGGAACGGCCAGCUUGUGCUUGGCGGCUACGACGAAACUAAGUUUAAGGGCGAGAUCGCGUGGCUCCCCGUUCGCCGCCAGGCGUACUGGGAGGUGGUGUUCGACUCUGUGACAGUGGGCGACGACAAUAUCCCAUUGGAGAACUAUGGCGCCGCGAUUGACAGCGGUACGUCAUUAAUCACGUUCCCAUCAGAGCUCUUCAACCAGUUCAUCUCCAAGUUGUCCGGCGUCACCAAGGACCGCCAGGGGAAUGUUUACGUGGACUGCGCCAACAAGCAGACGGCUCCCCCACUCACAUUUGGCUUCGGAGGUCACAAAUUCUCCAUUUCCGGAGAGGAUUACAUCAUCUCAGUACCUGGCCAAUCUGCUCGCUGCAUGCCAGCGAUCGUCCAGCUCGACAUAGACUCUGCGGGCAAGGUCGCCAUCAUCGGAGAUGUGUUCUUGCGCAGAUACUACUCUAUCUACGACUUUGGCAAUAACGCUGUUGGCUUGGCGACCGCCGUUUGA